AAGUACAAUGAUGUCAGGGACUCAGACUCCUGCAUUCCUUUCUCAGCAGUACAAUAGGCAAUUCCUUUGAGAAGGUCUUGCAGCUUAGCUCUUCUGUUGAUGAUUUUGAGCCUACGUGUUUUACACUCUGUGGAGUCGAUGUACUUGAGGUGCCAGUUUACAACCUACAUGGCAUUACAUUUACAUGCAUUCUUAGUAAAAAGAGCAAAAUUGCAGCCUGGUGAAAAUUUCUCAACAAUAUACUUUGUGAUCUGUCGAUGGCCCAGGACACCCGUAAGGAUAAGAACAUUAAGAAUUGAACUAUUCUUAUCCCGUUGAUCAAAGACCAAUCAACAGAGACAGAGUAAAAGAGAAGGAGAAGUAACCAUGAUGGAUACUGGCUAUGGGGGCCGUAUCAACGGACACUAUGACAGUGGAAGUUCAACCUUGAAUCGAGGAGGAAAUGUAGAUGUGAGAUGGGAGAAGGAUACAGUCUCUAUCAGACGGGCCCAGGGUAUUGGGUUCGGGAUUGCAGUGAGCGGUGGUCGGGAUAACCCACAUUUCCAGAGUGGAGAGACCUCCAUCGUUGUGUCAGAUGUUGCACCCAAUGGUCCUGCUGAGGGCCUGGUCAAAAAGAAUGAUCGUAUCCUAUCUAUAAAUGGAGCCCCCAUGGAAAAUGUGUAUCAUCAACAUGCACUUGAUUCUCUAAGACGAGGUGGAGAAGUUGCCACUAUUACAUAUAAACGCAAGGUCACAGGACCCCCUCGUAUUUCAGACACACAGCUCGAUGGCCCUGACAAUAGGCAAUCCCUAAGACUUUCAAAAAGCAGGAGUGAGAGCUAUGGGAUACGACUUGGGUAUAAACUAUUUGUUGAUAGUCUCAAUGAAUAUGGUGUUGCAGCAGCCUUGGGUCUCAGGAAAGGAGAUGAAAUCAUUAGGAUAAACAAUACCCCAGUGGAACAGGUCAGUUUAGCCGAUGCUCAUGCAAUCAUUGAACGGUCAAGAGAUGGUAUGGACUUAGACAUCACAAGACCUAUUGCUGCAGACAGAGUGUCUAUAGCAAGUUCUAUAGAGGCAUACACUGCUCCUCCUCUUCUAGCAGCAGUAUCAUCAGGAGGAGCACCACCUAGACCACCUCCACCUGAUGAAGAGGAUGAAUAUGUUCCUCCUCCCCCAAGACCACCCAGUCCAGGCCAAGAUGAUUUCAGAGAUGGCAUUCCAGUUGACCCUGAAGGAGAUGCCCAUAUGGUUAGCUUUAAUAAGGGAGGUAGUGUUGGCAUCAAACUUAUUGGAGGUAAUGAGGUUGGAAUCUAUGUAGCUGGUAUCAAACCAGGAAGCCCAGCAGAGAGUUCUGGUGUAGCCAUCGCAGACAGGAUCACAUGUGUAAAUGAUGAAAUCUAUCUCCAAGGUUUGACAAAGGAAGAGGUGGCUCUUCUUCUUCUCACAUUACCUGAUUACAUCAAGUUAGAAGUCAGACACAGCAGAUCAGCUUUUAGAAAGGUCAUGGAAUCAGGGAGAGGAGACAAGUUCUACAUCAAAGCACAUUUUGCUUAUGAGAACCCAGUAGGUGAGGAGUUGAAGUUCCCUCGUGGAACAGUCUUCAGAACGGUUGACACAUUCCCCGAGGGUGCUAUGGGUUACUGGUAUGCAAUCAGAUUAGAUAGAAAUAACAUUGCAACAGAAAGAGGUCUCAUUCCAAACAAUAGCAGAGCAACUCAGAGUAACAUGGCACAGCAGUCUGUAGAGACUGUCAAACUUCUCAACACAAGUGGUACUAGGAAAGAAUUUUUCAAGAGGAGGGGUAAUAGAGCCAGCAUGAGGAAGCUCAAGAAUUCAGCUGUACGCAUUGAAAUAGAGGAUGAAUAUGAUGAGGUUGUCUUUGCUGGAACGCCGGGUAAAUUCCCUGCCUAUGAGAGGGUCACUCUGGGAACAGUUGGUUUUGUCAGGCCCGUUGUCAUUUUUGGACCUUUAGCAGACAUUGCCCGAGACCAUCUCAAGGGUGCCCUGCCUGAUAAAUUUGAGAAUCCACUCACAGAACACACUUUCGACAGGCAUCCAGGUGAACAACUGAAGAUAAAUCCACAAGGCAUGGUUAAGAUGGGUUCAAUCAAAGACAUCAUUGACAAGGGUAAACAUUGUCUGCUUGAUGUGACACCAUUCGCUGUGGAGCAACUGAACCUGAUGCAGUACUACCCCAUUGUUAUCUUCUUGAAUGCUGAUUCUCGUUCCAUGGUCAAGGAGAUCAGAGGACAAUACAUGAGUCCUGAACAGAACAAGGGUUCCAAGAAGCUCUACAAGACUAGUCUGGUCCUCAAGAAGGCCUUUGCACAUCUCUUCACAGCGAUGAUUCCUCUGACCACUAAUGAAGCAUGGCUCCAGAAUAUAAAAGAUGCUAUUAGGAUACAACAGAGGAAAGAAAUCUGGAUGUCAGAGACCAAGUAUGAGGAGCCUGAGGCCGAUGAGAGUCAUCUACCUCUGGUGGGCCCUAUUAUCCUGCCAGCUGACUAUGAUACCGAUGCUGAAUCCAUCAUGCCCGACUCCCAUGGCAAUAGUACCAUCGACUCUGACAUUGAACAACUGUCUCCAACAGUCACUGCAAACACUUCAGCAACCCCUGGUGCUGCCUCGGAGAGCUCAUUCAAUUUCAAUGAGAAAGAAGUGAAAGCUAGCCUUCCCAAGACAGAUCCCCCUCCCAAGAGAUAUUCAUCAGAUGAGGAAGAAUAUCCAUCAAGUUUUGACCGCAGACGCAAAUCUCGAUCCCGUUCCAAGAAGAAGGAGAGUAUCUGGUCAUCUCUCAGACGGAGCAUGUCCCGCUCUCGUUCCAGAUCUCGGGAUAGGAGAGAGGAAGCGAGGGAGAUAGAAAGGGAGGAAGCUGAAGAGGCAAGGAGAGAGCAGGAAAGAGAAGAGAGGGAAAGGAUGAGGGAAGAGGAGAGGAACAAACGAAAUACUUUAGAACGUGAGAGGAUGGAGACGUCAUUUGAGCCCGAGGAGCGUCCUUCAAAGAAAGACCAACAUCGUCGCCGAGAUGAGGCCAGGGAGAUUGCAGAGGAAGUUCUUAACUCAAGGGGCAAAUCACAAGGUCAGGAAGAUCUGAGGGCUCUUAGCGAUACAAUCAACCUUAGCACCCUUGCUGAUGAGUUCAAGUCCUUUGGUAUUGAUGGUGAUGUAAGUGUCAAUGGUCACAUGGAGCCAGAGCCGCAACAAAUCCAUGCCUCACUGGAUGUAGAGGUGGAGUCAGCUCUUCCAUCAGCAUUCAGACCACAACCGCAACCCAGGGAAUCCAAGGCCAAACCUAUCCAACCUGUAGUCUCAAUGGUUCAACAUUCGGCACCCAUCGAGACAGACCUUGAUGCUAUUGAUCCUCCUACAGAUGACUUUGAUCUGUUGCCUCCAGCACCAAAAACCCCAGUCCUAGAGACAACAUUUGGGCCAGAAGAUGAUGACGACAGUGAUGAUGAUGAGGGUCCACCUCCCCCUGCAAGAAUGGAACCAGCUCCAACAGAGACUCGUCCAGCAGAGCCAGCAUCUCGUCCCAGGAGAGUAACUCCAAUGCAAACCCCAGAGAGUCGUUCUGAACCAUCUCGCCCCAGGAGGACACCAAAUAACCCAAUAUCCAAGCCUGAGGUUCGUCCUGAAGAAUUGUCUUUUUCAGUAGAAGUUUCACGACCAUCAGCAGAAAAAUCACGACCAAAGAGGGUGCCGACAUCUCGUCCAUCCGAGCCUGCUGUUGAUAUUUCUGCUCCCAGCUGGGAGAUCCCAGAAUUUCAGGAACCAAGACAGUCAUUGCCCCCUGCACGACCUCCACCUCCCCCACCAGAAGAAGAGGAGUUACCACCACCCAAACCAGAGCUACCCCCUCCAAAACCAGUAGAGCCUGUAUACAGUCAGGUACAAAAGAGCAAACCCAGUCCACGUGCUAGUCCUCUAGGUUGGGACCACAGUGAGGUACAAAAGAGUAAGCCAAGUCCUAGGGCUAGUCCAAGAGGAUGGGACUUACCUGCAAAGGUAGAGCCCCCACCACCUGCUAAGCCUGCUUUCCAGACCUCAACACCAGCCACCAGCAGUCCAAAAUGGGAGAGGAAAGCAGAACCAGACGUGCAGACUAUAAAAGUUGGGUCAGGAUACGUUAAUGCAGAGGUCAAGACAGUAGACCUUGGCGGUGAUAAGUCAGAGGAUGAGGUGUCCGCCGAUGCAUACCGCAACCAGCUUGCAAAAAUGUCCAAUAUGAUCAAGCGAAGCGAUAGCCCACGUGGUUGGUCAAGCGCCACCAAAUCGGCUUCUCAAAUCCGGCCAGUUAGAGCACCCAAACCACCAACAACAGGACAGACUGGAAAUGCCUACUUGGACAGUAAAAAGGCAAGGGAUAAUUUCUUUAAUCCUCCUCCAGAGAUUAAUGCCCCACCCAGAGCUCCUGGAUCACCUUAUGACAGGGAAUCUUACAAGGCACAUAAGGAGAGGACCAAGAAGAGAUCACAGUCUCCAGGAAGGCAGUACCAGGAGAGGACAGGAAUCUACCCACCACAGAACAGCUAUGACAAGAAGAAACCAGCAUUCAAAGCCAUCCCAGUAGAUGAGGUAGCCUUGAGGUCUGACGAGGGCCAAGAGGUUGUGGAUACAGUCAGAGGAACCUUUGAUGGCAAUGGUGGUGUCCUUGAUUCCCCUUCUACUGGAGUGAGCAUCCACAUCCCUAAGGGUGCAAUCCCUGAUGGUUACAGCCAGGAACUCUACUUCAAGGUCUGCAGAGAUAACAGUAUGCUGCCUCCACUGGACAAAAACAAAGGAGAGACGUUACUGAGCCCUCUGGUGAUGUGUGGCCCCCAUGGUCUCAAGUUCAUGAAACCUGUGGAGUUGAAGUUGCCUCACUCUGCAUCCAACACCCAAGAAGGUUGGGAAUUUAACCUCAAGUCUAGUGAUGCAGGACAAGGAGAGCCUGCACAAUGGAAAAACCAGAACAUCCCUGGCCUGAAGAGCAAUGAGUCCAAACCUAUCACCAAGACUGUGUCUGUCAUGGUAGAUCACUUCUAAAGAUCAUCUCUGUUACCACUCCUAGAACAUAGAACAUUAUGGUAAUGACUCAUGAAAAAUGUAUUCAAAAUAUCAAUCUACUUUUAAUAUGAUGAGGUCUUCUCGUAGCUCGUAAGACCACCCCCAUUCCUGGAGAAGUAGAACCUAUGGACUGGACCUUCAUAGUGAGGACUGAUGAUGAAACAAUAAAUAGAUGUGAAUGUCAACCUACAUGGAGUGAGAUCUCCCCAUUCAGAAGUGGUCUUAACUUGCAAACUUCAGAAUAUGUACCCAUUCUUAGGGUUGGAAUCUUCCUGGAAGUAAUUGACAAAUGUAUUCAAAUAUCAACUAAUUGCCAUGAUAUGAUUAUGUAGCAUACAGAAUUAGAUCUCUAACACAAUGUUUAUUCCCAGAGCUGUAGGGCUCAUGACUGGUUGUCUGAAGUGAUAAUUAACAAAUGUAUUCAAAUAUCUACUUACUUUUAGUGAGAUCACCCACAGCAAGUAUAUUAUGUAACAUAUAAACUUGAACCUCUGAGAUCAUGUGUCUAUUCCUAAAGUCAUAGAGCAUGGAGAGGGUUUACAAUGAAUGACUUCAGAUGCCAAUCUUCAUACUGCGAGACUGAAGAUUGUCUAGAUGUAACAUGGAGAAAGACAUUUAACGGGACCAUACUCCCAUUUGUAGUUGUCAAAUUAUGAUAAUUGUGUUCAUAAACAAUUUAUGGAUCAGCCUAUACAAUGAGAGCAAGGUCUUUAGGUGUAGUUCUGUAUGUAACAUUUAGGAUUAAACUUGCUUUCUUCACUUGUGCCCUGUAAUAUGCAUAAUACAAUUAAUCUUAUAAUUAAUUACAAUUAAUAUCAAUGUCUGUUGCAUCUACGUGCUAAAGACAUGUUAUUGAUCAUAAGGUUAUUUGUGUCUAUUUGUGUUACAUUGUGUCACAAUGACACAUUUGUGCCUUUAGGGAAAAGCCAAAAUUUCAGAGACAUUUCAUGAAUCAUUCAUUGUGAUUGAUUAGUGUUCAUUGUGUUGUAUUUGUUAGAGGUAACAUGAAAAUUCAGAGAACAUGAAUUCUAUAGCAGCUUAAAUAAGACCAAUGAAUAUUGAUUGCAACUUAAUUUGCCAUUCCUUUUUCAUGUUCUAGAUAGAUAUAAUUAAACAUAUUAAUUUGUAUCUUAUAUUAAAAUUCUUGUUGCCUUAAACUUAUAUGAGAAAUAUCAAAUGAGUGAAAGAAUAAAGAUAUUAAACUUCAGCAUUGUUUUAUCAAUUCAUUACCAGUUGUAGAAAUGUAGAAAUUCCAGUUUCUGUCCAUUAUCCAUGUACUACUUUGUUGUAUUCAUAUUAUGUACCCCCUUGAUGUUGUAAAUACAGUACUUUGCGUAUUCCAGUACAAGACCUGAUUUUGUACCACAAUACAACAGUACAUACUUUAGAUUAUAUCUUAUUUUAUUCAUUCCAGUUGGCUUUAAUCAUGUAUUGUAUUCUUUGAAAUUGCAACAUCAAUACUACUAAUGUACAAUAAGUUGUAUUCCCCUUCUGUUGUAAUGUUUUACUUUUCAGUUUAGCUUCAUAGCAGAUGUAGGGAUCUCUGAAUGUGACAAUGCUAGGUCAAACAUGUGGAAAUGUUAAUAGAAUGUUACCACUACAUGUAUAGUCAACACUGUGCACUUGAUUUCUCAUUUUCUACUAUCCUCAUUUCUACCAUUGUGACUUGAAAGUUUCUUAUCAUUAUGAGUUUAUACACUUAAUUAUACAAUUAUUCUCAUUAACUAAUGAUUGUGUUCUCCUAAUCAUGCCAAAAUAACAGGAUCAGUGAGUGUACCUUAAAAAAUAAUUGAUCAACCUCUUAGCUAAGUUCUUCCAAACAUGAUACACAAGAUUUUAUUGUCCUUUUUUAAAGAAGCAUUUAUAUAUUCCCUUAUGAUGAAUUUGUAGUAGGACAAAUUGGACGAUAUUGUUAAAUUAUUAUGUCACAUAAGUAAGGUCUACACAUUUUAACACUAAUAAGUAGUGCCUUUACUAGCAGUCAUUGAUUGAAAUUGAUAUGAUGUAAAUAGUAUUCUGCAGUUGGCUGGAUAUGAGACUAGGAAUCAUACAAGAAACCUUGCUCUGUUAAGACUCCAAUGUAAAUGAGAAUGAGGAAAUCUUUAAUGUCCAACUGCAGUUGUAAAUAUUGAUGUAGAUUUCAAAUCAUGAAUAUGAAAUUGUACACAUUUAGUUUAUUUUUUAGUCUAAUCAAAGUAUUACUAUGUAUUGGUAUGAUUGCUUAUUUGCAUUAACAUAAUACCGUGCUCUCUAUAUUGUUUCAGAUUUUGUGAUUGUAAAUUCCUUAUUUUAUAUUCAAUUAUUUGUUACUAAUCAAAUUGAUUACUAUGUAGAAAAUCCUACCUCUAUUAAUUGCAUCUGAUUUUCAAGAGUAGUUUCUUUCUGUUAAUCCUCGAAUCCAUGCUUUUUCAUUUUUUUUAUAGGAGCAUUUGAUAGUUUUCUUAAAUUGUCAGACUUGUUAAUGUUGUGUUUUUUUUUUCUUACAGUAAGAUCUUUAGCAUACACAUUGUUUGGUUAUGUAAGUUCAUAUUUCAACAAUGAAUGUUGUCUGCUACAAAGUAUGCUUUAGAGAUGUCAACAAAUCUUUAUUGUAACUCAAGGGUGUGAUUGCUAGUUGAACCAACUGGGAAAUGAGUGGCCUCGAUACAAACCCCUCAUGGAAAUGAGGGAAUUUAGAUGAUGGGUCAAGGUUUAUUCAGAUUCGGCAUGACAAAACGUAACAACAUAUACGGCAACAUUUUGUGUACAAAGUCAAUGGAAAAUGAGGUGAUCAAACAAGAGCAACAGAGCCUAGAAAUAUUUUUUGUCUCCUAGCUGCAAAGAAGCUGUGAAACUGUUGAAUUCUGAAAAGCUGAAGGAGAAUGUGAUGCUACAAGUUGUCAUGCAACUUUUUACAAUCUUUAGGAAUUUAUUCAUCAUGUUUAUUGGCACAAGAGUGGGGCAAGGCGAUGAUUUGACAUGCCUUUCUAACAAUACAAAUGUUGCUAUUUUUUUUGCUUAAGAAGCAUCUCUGCUAAAACUGUUACUAAUGUCAGAUCAAGGCCUCAUCCCAAGAUAUCAACUUCAAAAGAGGCAUGUACUUCCAUGUUAUAGGCUUCAGUUAUAUUUCAGUUUGUCUUAGAUAUUAUUGUGACUUUGUUCUUUGUAUUCACAACACAAUGCUCUUCAGCCUGUUUGAUAUCACUAAUAUAGCCUCUAUUGUUUGGAUCCUGUCUGUGUUCAUGUUUGUUGUGAUCAAAAUCUUUAAAACCAACCAGUGAAUAUAUCAUUCCUCCUAGCAACAAAAUGACUCUCAUUACGUGUAAAUAGAUCAUGUUCUUGUAUAUGAUAAUUUAGCAUCAGAUGGAUUUUCCUUUUUGGGUUUCCGAUACACUUUCAAACUUUCCCCAUCAUUUUACCAUGCACUUGACUUUAUAUCAACAUCUAAUUCAUCAUUCAUGGACUACCCAAUGUAGGAAAAUAGGUAUUAUAGUUGUUGCUUCCAUUGUGAAAAUGCAUCACCGCUUUUGUAACAUCCAAUGCACGGUUUGGUUUUAUGAAGUAAUCAAAUACAUUUUUUUAAUAACAUAUUUUUCUAGCAAAUAUUUGUGGUUCUAUUAUAGUAUUCAUGAAGAUAACAUGUAUUCACUAAAUCUGCUUGAUAAUUGUAUGAUUAAAAAUGUGUUGUAUUUUGAAAAAUUGUAUUGUAAUAGAGGCAUCAAUAUCUAUUCUAUUUUGCUGCUUUUAUAUAAAAAUAUAGUUAUUGCAGAUCACUUUUGUAUUAGUUUUACUAUACCUUUUCACUCUACGGGUGUUGGGCUUAUUAUGAUUAUGUAAUUUAAGGGUUCAUAUCGUCAUCUUGUGAUGAAAUAAAAUUUUAAACAAAA